GUAUUAAAAGGUGGAGGAUNUGAGACAGUAUUUAUUCCAGUUUUAUCAUUUAAAUACACUGACAGUAAAACUAAUGGACUGCUUGAUGCUAUCACGUCACCUUUAAAAUAUUCAGGUGUCAUAUUUACUAGUCAGACAGCUGUCAAUGCCCUUGUAGAUAUGAUUGAAAAGGAGAAAUUAGUGAUUGAGGCUGAUAAAUGGACUGUUGUUUUUGUGGUUGGACCAUCUACCAAGGAAUGUGUUGAGCGUCAGUUAGGAUUACAAGUUACAGCUGGUGGAGUAGCCGGUAAUGCACAACUGCUGUCUUCUAUCAUUAUUGAAUAUGUAAAGAAGGCUCCUAUUGACAAGCCGUUCUUGUUUCCCUGUGGUAAUAUGAAGAGAGAUACUCUGCCUGUGAGUCUAUCAGAGAAUGGCAUACCUCUUGAAACCAUUGAGUGCUAUCAAACCAUACAAGACCCCAACAUUGAGAGUGAAAUCAGCAAUAAG